AUGUUCAAACCAAUUUUGGUUCUUCUUAUCAUUUUGCACGAAUCAACAGCGGUUUAUCGGGUUCGAAAAUAUAUCAACAGACCCGAAGUGCGUAGAUCAGCUUCUGACGAUGCUUUGGAUAUCGAAGCUGCUGAAAUCAUUUUUCGUGAGAAGGAGGGACUUCGUGGCGGCGACAACGCGUUUCUGAAGAAACCAUUUUCGGAGCCAUCGGUAAAACCGGGACUUCAAGACGGAAGCACCGAACCGAAAAUGCCAUUCGGAACCGAACAACUUCAAAAUAAACCAAGUGAAUCCCCUGGAACAAUGCCAACCGCUGAGGAACUCGAAGAGCUCGAAGAUUUUGAGGACUCCGCAAAAACCACGACCACCACAGAAGGCACAACGACGGAAGAAUCAUUGGACAGUAGUGUGCCCGGGGAAGUUGUCGACGUAAUUGCUACCACAACCGAAGGAACGUGGACGGCUCCACCGAUUCAUGAGGCCAAGAUUCCAUUAGGGCCACAUUCAAAGAUGGUUCCGUUCGAUUACCAAGUCGAUCCCGAUUUUCCACAAGUUGCACCAAGAGCUCGAGGACUUGUUGGUAUCCCCGACGGAUGGAAUCUUGAUAAAACCGUUGACGAGAAUUUCAGACGAGGAUAUAUUGAAGGAGACUUUGCCCGUUUGCGACGACGACUAUAA